GGCUACGUCAUGGGCUCAUGGAGGGACGUGGGGAGGAUGGAGGAACCUUGCGUGGCAACGCUGUGAACGUCUUGGGAGAUAUCGGCUGUGUUUGAGACGAUUGUGAAGGGGUUGUGUCUCGGGAGUUGGCUGUAUGAUGGUCGUGAGUACUUUCCUUGCACCUGACAUGGCAGGGAUGGGAGUUGCCGCCUUACGUAAGACCUUCCGGUCCGGUUUUCAAGAUCUGACGACUUUCUCAUGGCAGCUGUCGUCGCUGGAAUUGUUGUAACGCCAGUUCGGAAUACUUGUGUGCUAGCUGUCAGGAAAUCCACGUUGAAGAAGCCUCAGGAAGUCCGAGAAUAUUCCCAUCUAUGGUACAGGGGGCCGCCAUCUUUGCCCCGCGCACCCAGCUGCACCGCAAAGAAGGGAUCUCUGCGCCACACCGGCGGACGGUCCUUGAAUGACAAUGACCGUCAAACUUUCCACCAGACUGCUCUGUUUUGGUCAGCAAGGAAAGAUGAGCACGUCCUCAUGUCGUCGAUUGCGUGGGCCGUAUCCGGACCCGGUUGGCAGGCGCGCACGCCUUCAGCGCGUGCCUUGUUCCCUACCCCUCCCACCCUGCGACCCGCCCUCCCCAGUAUCCAGCAGCAGUGAGAUCCUCUCACCCACCCGAACGAUGUCGCCGAGCAUGUCCCCGCCCAACACUACCUCAGCCGAGAGGACCUCGACCUACGUGAGCCGCAGCGUGAGUUACUCGGGGCUAUCGAGCUCCUACCACCGCCCGUCCACCGCCUUCACCCGCUGGAGCUCGAUACACUCCGUGAAAGACAUGUCGUCGUCUUCGUCGUCGGUGCCGGACCAGUCGAAAUACGAGAUGAAGCAACUGAACACGAGGUUUAUGUCUUACAUCAAGAGAGUACACUUUCUUGAGGACCAGAACAAACUUCUCAAGGAUCAGAUCACUCUUUUAGAGCUGGGAGACACGAAGGGAGCGGAGCUGAAGAAGGAGAUGCGGGAAUUACGCGAGCGAUGCGCGGAGCAGGCUGAGAGCGAGAGGAAGUUAGACUCCGAAAACAGGAAACUUCGCCACGAUCUCAGAGACAUGGAGGUCGAGUUGCUCAAUUUCGACAAGAGGUCCACUUGCAGCGAGUCGUCCGAUAAUCCGCCGACGAUGGAGGACCUCGAGCGAGAAAAAUCCCACCUCUCCGAGGAGUGCGACAGGCUUCGGAGGGACGCCCAGGAAUACAAGGCAAAAUGGGAGGAUGAAUCUAAAAUGCGAGCAAAAAUAGGGGAAGACCUUUCUCGAACAAGACAGGAAUUAGCGAAAUUGAAGGUGGACCGAGAUGACCUGGAGAGAAGACUGACCCGGGAACAGGAGGAGGGCCAGCUCAUGCGGCUCAGGGUAGAGGAAAAGAAAAGUGAGCUAGAAACAGAAAAAGAUAAGCAAGCCGAGGCCGCCCUGAAGAAGAAGAUGGAGGAGCUGAGCAGCUGCGUGCAGAAAUAUCACGUGGAGCUGACCGAGACGCUACAGCGCAUGUCCGUACAGCAGGAGGACAGUGCCCGGAUGUCAAAGCAGGAGUUGGAACAGUGGUACAGGACACAGUUGGAGGAAGCGAAAGCGGCGGCGGCGAAGGACGCAGAGACACUUACCGAGACGCGAGACGCCUUGUUGCAGAGCGAGACCCUAGUCGGACACUUGUCAGACGAGAUAGACAUGUUAAGAAGUCAGAACUCAAGUCUAUCAAAGCAGCUUCAGGAAGCAGAAAAGGCUGUUGACGAGAACACCGUGAAAUACGAGGAGAACAUCCGGGUACUCGAGACGGAGCUGCAGGCCCUGAAAGAGGACACCGCCACGCAGAUAAUGGAGAUCGUGCAUCACGUGAUGUCGCUGACCAAUGCGCGUGUAGCUCUGGAUCUCCAGAUGGACUCUUACUUUGACAUACUGGGCAAGCGAAAAUCAGAUACUACCGAGGCUGAUACGGUCAAGAAACAAAAAUCCCUGGUUCUCCCGGCGUUACCGAUCGCUGAGGAUAACAGAGUUCCCAUGGAUACUAGUGACGCAUGCGCACAAGACUGUAUGAGUGAUGAAAACGCGAACACGUCGCCCAUCAUGGCGGACGAAGUCGCUGCUGGUAGCGGCCAUUGACCUCGCUUUCGCCACUCCAUGAAACGGUAGGAGAUUUUACGACAGGCAUGCAUGGACCAUUCCAGGGACCAGGAAUAUUUACGACGACGUCAAAAACCAUCCGAUUUGCGGCAAUCACGCGUUACAACGUUGAUCGUUCGGAUGUUACCUAAUGGAGAGAAAGAAACGUCUACACAUAAAGAAGAUAUAUAUAAGAGGCAGACACAACCCUCAUUGAAACGCCAUUUGUUCAUCGCACUCUAAAGUCAAGAACGGCAAGGGAACAAGUUAGAGACAAGAACACGCAAGACCUCGGCAAUAGUGGAUAUGGCAUCGCCUCUACAUCUGUUCACCCACGUUUGAAUGCUACCGAAGCAAGACAUGAAAAGUGGAUUUGGCAGUUGGAUUUUUCCGAGUGUGAAAAAGAAGCUAGCAUCAUGCGAAGGUCUCCACUACGAUUGGUCCACGAAAGCCACGUGUUUGUACUUUCAGCUGUAAUUGGUCGGCUAUGUACGGUGUGAGUGAGUAUACAAGGCACGUUUCGCAAGCCCGACAUAGUGUUCCUGUAACCCUUACAUGAUGGGUUUUUUCUCUCGUGUAUCUGGUUAAAGGAUGACUAUGUUUUGACUAUUUGAAUGCUCCGCUAGUGUAAAUUGUGACCUGAAACAGCAAUAUUGUGUAGUUCGUCAUUGUGUACUAUCUAAGCUUUGGAAAACGCGGCUUGCCUUUAAAAAAAAUGUACUUCAGAGGUUGAGCAAGUAAGGACAUAGAAAACAUGGAGGCUAAACUAGAAAAGACGUUUACGAAGUGAGCCUAGGCCAAUGUACAAUACAGACAGGUAAGAAGGUACGCCUCUUGUUGCGCUUCCUUCAGUAGGUGUGCAGACGUUCAGGACUUGAUCCGACGCUAUCACACUUGCACAGAGGAGGUUGUUAUCGUAAUAGUACUUAGAAUUUCGUGGUGCUUUUAAAUUAAAGAUUGCAAAAUAAAUACCAGCCCCGUUGGAAAAAUCAUCAUCAAGCAACUCCGGCCUCGUCCUAACCUCGGCGUUCCUUCCCUUCCCUCUGGGAGAGGCACUGCACGAAAUUUGAUCUUAUAGCACACGUAAAGCGUUCGUAAACCAUACGUAAAGGAAAAAUUUUCAAAUUCACCUUUACGCAUGAUUUAAUGCAUGCUUAUAAUAAAGACUAGAUUCCGUGCAGUGAAAGAAAUGACGAGUCCAGGAGGUCGGUAGAGUCGGAGAGGGGAAAAAUCGGAGGCUGCAUUUAUAAGUGCCUCUCUCUGUUACCAAUGCGUAGAUCCUCGCUCAGGUUGAUAUGGCACAAUACCAUCGAAUAUCAUCCAUUAAAGGCCCAUUAUGUGACAUUUUGGCCCUUAAAUUAUACAUAUUCUCUGGA